GCUCACUCGCAGAUGUCGCGGUCAGUGACAUUUUGUCUUCCCCGAAAAAGUUUUUCUCGCACACGAGAGGUGUUCAAGUUGGUGAAAAAGCUACAUUUUUCUUAGUUUUCCCCAUUCUUUUUUUUAGUUUCCUUCGCGUGUGUCACCGUGAUUCGCCCACCGUGGGUCGUUUCAGCAGAUAGAGAUUGCUUCUCACAGAGUGUGGGUUUUGUGUGACACAAGAAAAAAAAGACGAGCAAAAGAAGCGAGAAAUAGGAAUUCGCGCCAGAAGAACAAGAAGUGAAAACAGGGAGAAAAAGAGCUGCAAAGAUGCCGAAAUCUGUAAAUGUACGUGUUACCACGAUGGAUGCCGAGUUGGAGUUUGCAAUUCAGCAAACGACCACCGGCAAGCAAUUGUUCGAUCAAGUGGUCAAGACAAUUGGAUUACGUGAGGUCUGGUUCUUUGGGCUUCAGUAUACAGACUCCAAAGGUGAUCUCACAUGGAUUAAACUGUAUAAAAAGCCAGAAAAUUUGAUUUGCAAGCAAGUGAAGAGGAUUAAAAAAUUGACCAUGCUGAUGAGAAAGAGGUUGUUGGGUGGUGUGAAGAGCGACAAGGAUGACGAUGAGGAAGAGGAGGAUUUGCCAGGGUCUAUGUCUCUUUCGCAUUGGGUGAUGAAUCAGGAUGUAAAGAAGGAGAAUCCACUACAGUUCAAGUUCCGGGCCAAAUUCUACCCAGAAGACGUUGCGGAGGAAUUGAUUCAGGACAUCACGCUGCGUCUAUUCUAUCUGCAAGUGAAAAAUUCAAUCCUCUGUGAUGAGAUCUACUGUCCGCCAGAAACGUCGGUCUUGCUCGCCUCAUACGCCGUCCAGGCGCGCCAUGGAGACUUCAACAAGUCCAAUCACUCGUCUGGCUUCCUGUCCAACGACCGUCUCUUGCCACAGCGUGUCAUUGAUCAGCACAAGAUGUCCAAAGAUGAGUGGGAGAAGAGCAUCAUGACGUGGUGGCAGGAGCACCGUGGAAUGCUGCGCGAGGACGCCAUGAUGGAGUAUCUUAAGAUUGCCCAGGAUCUCGAGAUGUACGGCGUGAACUACUUUGAGAUCCGUAACAAGAAAGGAACAGAAUUGUGGCUGGGCGUCGAUGCACUGGGACUCAAUAUCUAUGAAAAGGAUGACAAAUUGACGCCCAAGAUUGGUUUUCCAUGGUCAGAAAUUCGAAAUAUCUCGUUCAAUGACAGGAAAUUCAUCAUUAAGCCAAUCGACAAGAAAGCUCCAGACUUUGUGUUUUUUGCGCCCCGCGUGAGGAUUAACAAACGCAUUCUGGCGCUGUGCAUGGGCAACCAUGAGUUAUACAUGCGCCGCCGCAAGCCGGACACAAUCGAUGUGCAGCAGAUGAAGGCACAGGCGCGUGAGGAAAAGAAUGCUAAGCAGCAAGAGCGUGAGAAGCUGCAAAUGGCGCUAGCAGCACGCGAGAGAGCCGAGAAGAAGCAGCAGGAAUAUGAGGAUCGCCUACGUUCAAUGCAAGAGGAAAUGGAGCGAUCACAGUCGAGUCUAGUGGAGGCGCAGAACAUGAUCAGACGCCUCGAGGAGCAGCUGAAACAACUUCAAGCGGCCAAGGAUGAGCUGGAGAAGCGCCAGCAGGAGCUACAGGCCAUGUUGAACCGUCUUGAGGAGGCAAAGAACAUGGAAACGGCGGAGCGCACGAAGCUCGAGGAGGAGAUCUCGAUGAAGCAGCGCGAAGUGCAGCGAAUUCAAGAGGAAGUGAGCGCCAAGGAUUCCGAAACGAAACGACUACAGCAAGAGGUUGAGGAGGCGCGUCGCAAGCAGAGCGAGGCGGCUGCAGCUCUUCUCGCCGCCAGUGCCACACCUCAGCAUCACCACGUGGCUGAGGAUGAACACGACGAAGAAAUGCUGAAUGGUGAGGGCAAUGGAGACGUGUCCCGCGACUUGGACAUCGAUGAACACAUUAAGGAUCCAGUGGAGGACAGACGCACGCUGGCGGAGCGCAAUGAACGCUUGCAUGAUCAACUUAAGGCGCUGAAGAAAGACUUGGCGCAGUCUCGCGACGAGACGAAAGAAACUGUCAACGACAAAAUUCACCGAGAGAACGUUCGUCAAGGGCGUGACAAGUACAAGACUCUGCGUGAGAUUCGCAAAGGCAACACGAAGCGUCGAGUGGAUCAAUUUGAAAACAUGUAAAAAAGAGUCGUUGACGUACGAGGGUGUGAAAAAAAGUUUUGGGGCCUAUAAGACAUGAAAGUUAGGCAGAAAAGAAUCCAUUAAAGUAUACUUAUUAAUCUUUCAUUUAAAAACUAAUACCGUUGUAACUUUUGAGGGUACUCUCUAGUUUUUGAAAUAGUUUUAACUGUCUUUUUUCUGAAUAUUUUGUUCUUAAGAAAUGGAGAGACUUUCUAAAAAACGAUGCAUGGGAGAAAAUGAUUUCUCUGUUAAUUUUCCAAAUGAAAAGUAUCUUCCACACGUAUUCAGUUGAAAUUUACAUUUAUAUUGUUAUUAAUUUUUUACUUAAGGAAUUAUUAAUUUACUACUAUAAAUAUAAUUAUAUAUUUUUCUAGUAGAGUCAAAACCAGUUGAGAAAUGAUAUAAUGAAGUAAAGACGGGGAAUAAUUAUUGAUAUAUUUUUGCUACUCUGCCAUUUGAAUUGAUUUAGAGAAAUGACUGUGUAACUUCUGCAACAGCGUUUAUUGCGAGAAAUGUUCUUUGUUGAGCUGUUUUGCCUUUUCUUGGGCAUCAUUAUAAUAAGAGGGAAGAGUGUGAGAGAGAGAGAGAGAAAAUGGAAAAGAAGGUGGAAAUGUGAACAAGUUUAAGUAAAGUCACUUUCUUUCCCAGUUCAUGGUUCAUUUGAAACAAAAGAAGAAGAAAAAACAGUACUAAAAAUGCUUUUUAGUGGUAGCUGUCAAAAUACAUUUUAGGUAGGGUAUCAAAGUAUUAAGAAACCGAAGAUCAUGUUGAGGAAAACUGAUGAAAAAAUAGAGUGUAAAUAAUAACAUUACCGGUAAAAUGAGAAAAUCAUCAUGCUUGAUUGAUAUCAGUGACUUUUCUAUCUUUGCAUACGUAAAAAGAAAGGAGAAUAUAUGAAACAAUGAGGAAUCCCAAAAAUCGAAGAAUAGGAACGAUUUCAAAUCAAAAUGUGGCCUUGAAAGUAAUAAAAAAAAAUAAUAAAAACGAAAGACGUGAAGGAAAUCUUUAGAAGGAUCAACAUUUUUAUACACACUUUUAUUAUAUACAUUUUUCAUUACUAUUUAAGGAAAUUAAGUGGAGAUGAAGUGAAACAUUAUAAUUGAAUAUUUGAAUUCAAAACAAUUAUAUUUUAUAUCGUAAUUAAGUCAUUGAUAGUUAAAAUAUUGAUAAUUCCAAACGCUGCAACAGACGGGAAGUUAAAAAAAAGUAAAAUCUUGUGCAUUUUUACGUAGUAGAGAAAUGAGAGGAAAAAAUGGAUGAGGAACAAUGUUUCAUGCCAACAAAAUUCUGCUAAAACAUUUUUUCUUUCGACAACAUUCAAUAUUUUUGACGCUUUUUCUAAAAAGGAGAUUUACAUGAUAGCAUUGAACAAUGUGAAUAAAAUAUCGACAUACAUAUUCCAACCACAGUGGAUAAUAUUUCAAGAACCACUGCUUGAAUCCACAACUCAUCUUUCGAAAUAAUACCAAUUUUUGAGGGUUAAGUAUAUAUAGUAAAUUUUAACAGGAUAAAGGAUAAAAAAAACUUUGUGUAUAGACAAUGAUAAUCUGUAGAGGAUUCUUUUUUUUGUAAGGUUUAAGAUUGAGGGAAGAAAUAUUUGUAGAAAUUUAUGCGAAGGAAUAUAAAAAAGGGGCGAAGAUAAACAUCAAAGUGAAGGAAAAUAUUACUUAAAUUGAUGUUAUGUUACUUUACUACACAUAUUACACAAUUGAAAUAAAUAAAUGAAUAGAAAUUU